GUUGUAAGGCUAAGAUAUAAAUACUUAACUCUAACAAGCAAAUGUGUCUGUGGUGGUGAAGGUGAAGAAGAAACCUUCUAACUGUGGGAAUGCUUAUAGCCAUGCAGGUAGCAGAAGAAGUGAAGACAUUGCCAGACCUUUUAGAAGAGGCUGAAAAGGCCUACAAGAAACGGAAACAGAAGUACCAAUCCUUCUUCCUUAAAGGUGGGAAGUCUUCUGGUAGGUGGGAUGCUUUCGGGAGGAAUCUCUACUACAUUUCAAAAGGAAAAAAGAGCUGGUAUGAUGCUGAGAAUUUCUGCGAGUCCAGAGAUGCCCACUUGGCCUCCAUCCUGACGGAUGAAGAACAGAACUUUGUCACUUCCCUGCUCAGUGACCCCACUUGGAUUGGCCUUACAGAUGAAACGGAGGAAGGCAAAUGGGAAUGGACAGAUGGCUCCCGAUUUAAAAAAGAGUAUUGGUCUCACAAUGAGCCUCGCCACAGACAGCAAAACAGAGAAAUAGAGGAGGACUGUGUCUCCAUCGUGCCUGCGAGUAACAAAUAUAACUGGAACGAUGCCUACUGUCAUGAACAGCGCAGAUGGGUUUGCAAGGAAAACCUGGAUAUCGAAGAACUGUAA